CAUGGACAAGUCCAGAUGAUCCUUCUCCCGGUGACUUUGUUCAUAAGAUCCGAAAACCGAGGCUUGGCUGAAGUGCUGACUGUGAGAGGAGGCGGAAGAAUAAGAUACCGAGUCGGACUGUGGAAUGGGAUGUAUUUUUGUGGUGGCACACGCUUUCCCAAUUCCGUUUACAAACCAGACUUGGUUUUCAAACAAGAGAGGCUGAUAUCCAUAGGAGAGCCGUACCAGAACUCCAUUCCAGUAAGAACUACAUUGGAUACAUCUGGUUCACUCCAGCGCCAUACCAUGAAUGCCGGAAGAGACAAGUGGAAUCAUGUCAUCUCAUUUCCUCAAGAUACGUGCGAUGAAUAUGCUAGCUGCGGUCCUAACUCAAUCUGCAGAUCUGACAGGCCAAUCAAGUGCCAGUGUUUUAGGGGGUAUGCCCCAAAGUUCCAAAAGGAUUGGGACCUUCAAGAUUGGUCGGGCGGAUGCACUAGAACUAAACCAAUGAAUUGCCUUGGAGGAGAUGGAUUUGUGCAGGUUAGAGGGGUUAAAUAUCCUGAUGUGCUCAGCUUUUGGUUGAAUACAACAAUGAGCAUCGGUGAGUGUGAAACCGAGUGCUCCAAAAACUGUAGUUGUGUUGCAUACGCUAAUCCAUUCAUCACCAACGGAGACAUAGGCUGCUUGAUGUGGUUUGGUGAUCUCAUUGAUACCAAACAACUCACUGCAGCAGAUAGCAAGCAAAACAUGUAUAUCCGUGUGCCAGCUUUUGAACUAGAUUUUAACAAGGGUUUAAAGGAGGAUAAGGACAAGAAAUUGAAGUUAAUACUGAUAUCAAUUGCUUCUGGUGCUGUCGUCUCAGCCUUUAUUAAUGGAGGUCUACAUUUGAUGGCAAGGCGAAAGAUCCUAGUAAAAAGCAAGGAAGAGGAUUUGGAAUUGCCUGUGAUCAAAAUGACAACUAUUGUGAAAGCAACAAAUAAUUUCUCAAUGGAAAACAAGAUUGGAGCAGGAGGUUUUGGUACUGUUUACAAGGGGAACAUGCCAUCAGGAGAAGAAGUCGCGGUUAAAAGAUUGUCAAAAUCUUCAACACAGGGCCUUGAAGAGUUCAGAAAUGAAGUUAUGGUGAUUGCAAAACUUCAACAUAGAAAUCUUGUCAGACUAUUAGGAUGUUGCAUUGAAGAAGAGGAAAGGAUGCUAAUAUAUGAAUACCUACAUAAUAAAAGCCUGGAUCUUUUUGUUUUUGAUUACAAUCGCAGAACACUUUUGACAUGGCCUAAGCGUUAUGACAUUAUCAUGGGAAUCGCAAGGGGACUGCUAUAUCUCCACCACGAUUCCAGAUUAAAGAUUAUACACAGGGAUCUCAAAACGAACAACAUUUUACUAGAUGGAAAUUUAACUCCGAAAAUUUCAGAUUUCGGCUUAGCUAGAAUUUUUGAAGAGGAUCAGGCGCUUGCUAGAACAAAAAGAGUUGUUGGGACAUAUGGCUACAUGGCACCGGAGUAUGCUAUUGAUGGGAAAUACUCGGUGAAAUCUGACAUCUUUAGUCUUGGAGUGGUUUUGUUGGAGAUAAUGAGCGGAAAAAAGAACAGAGGAUAUGGAGACUCGGAUUACUUUGUUAACCUCUUGGGCCAUGCAUGGAUACUAUGGAAAGAAAACAGGAUUUUGGAGUUGAUGGAUGAGUGUUUGAAUGAUACAUUUAAGGAGUGUGAAGUGAAGAGAUGCAUGCAAGUGGGGUUAUUAUGCGUUCAGAAAUUCGCAGAUGAUAGGCCAAACAUGUCGUCCGUGGUUUCAAUGUUAGGAAGUGAUGGAGCAGUUUUGCCCGAACCAAAAGAACCCGGGUUUUUUAUGGAAAGAAGUUGCAGUCCUUCGAGAAGUAGUACAUCACGACGUAUUGAGUCGGAGAAUGAUACACUCACCAUUACAGACUUGGAGGCCAGAUGAAUAGAGAAAGCAGAGAUUUGUCCUGAUUGGGAGAACUCACAUGAAAUUUGUAUCAAUUCUACUGUUCUUUGUUAUAUCAGACCAAUUCUAUUAAUCUGUUUUACAGAUUAGUUUCAUGUAAAAGCUUCUAAUA